AAACGAUGCAUGGAGUUGAACUCGCAACCGAACGACCGUUAUGUGUGAUCAGUGAUCAUCACGAAUAUGCAGAUAAAGGGACGCAACUCUUACUUGACCAGCAUAUUUCGUUACGGGUUGGAAUAGCGGUUAUUGGCAGACCACGAACGUUGUUAUCUAAGUUUGCAGGAAGACACAUCGCCAUGGCAACCAGGUGGGGAAUCUUGAGUGCUGGGAAGAUAUCCCAUGACUUCACCUCAGCUCUUGUCAGUCAAAACGCGGAGGAGCAUCAGGUAGUAGCUGUUGCUGCCCGAUCAGCUGACAGAGCCAAGGAAUUUGCUGGCAAGUUUGGGAUAAAGACUGCUUAUGGAAGCUAUGAAGAGCUAGUGAAGAACCCUGAUGUUGAAAUUAUUUACAUCGGUUCCAUCCAUCCGGAACACUAUAAGAUGUGUCUCCUGUGUCUUGAUGCUGGCAAACAUGUCCUGUGUGAGAAGCCAAUGACCUUGACCUCAGCACAGACCAAACAUGUGCUGAAGACAGCUAAAGAGAAGAAACUGUUUUUCAUGGAAGGCUUUUGGAGUCGAUUCUUUCCCGUUUAUGAGAAAGUACGUGAAGAGGUGUCUUCCAACUCCAUCGGCGAUAUCAUCCUGAUACAGAAUUCAUUCUGCAUCAACAAUUACGACGUUGCCCGCAUCAAUGACAAGCGGCUGGGUGGUGGUGGCCUCAUGGAUAUUGGCUGUUACUGUGUCAUGAUGGCCGACAUGAUCUUCAAGGAGAGGCCGGAGAAGAUAGUGGCAGAAGGAGAGGUCACUAAGGAUGGAGUUGAUGCAGGAGGAGCCAUAACUCUGAGGUUCAGCGGGGACCGUAUCGCCAGUAUUGUGUACCACACUAAGACCCAGAGCAGCUCCAACUCAAUGCUUAUAUGCGGAACCAAAGGCUGUAUCAAAGUUGAGGACCCGUUCUGGUGUCCUACGAAGAUGACGUCGCCAUCAGGGGUGUUCGAGUUCCCUCUCCCUACAUGCAAACUGAAGAUGCACUUCCCCAACAGCGAAGGUUUCCAGUAUGAACAGAGAUGUGUCAGAGACUGUCUCAAGAAAGGUGAGCUGGAGUGUCCCCUGAUGAGCCAUGCAAGUAGCGAAAACAUCAUCUUCAUCAUAGAGACUGCACUACAGCAGAUGGGGGUGCAGUAUAGCACUACAGCAGAUGGGGGUAGAGUAUAGCACUACAGCAGAUGGGGUACAGUAUAGAACUACAGCAGAUGGGGGUAGAGUAUAGCACUACAGCAGAUGGGGUACAGUAUAGAACUACAGCAGAUGGGGGUGCAGUAUAGAACUACAGCAGAUGGGGGUAGAGUAUAGCACUACAGCAGAUGGGGUACAGUAUAGAACUACAGCAGAUGGGGUACAGUAUAGCACUACAGCAGAUGGGGGUACAGUAUAGCACUACAGCAGAUGGGGGUACAGUAUAGCACUACAGCAGAUGGGGGUGCAGUAUAGCACUACAGCAGAUGGGGGUACAGUAUAGCACUACAGCAGAUGGGGUACAGUAUAGAACUACAGCAGAUGGGGGUACAGUAUAGCACUACAGCAGAUGGGGGUGCAGUAUAGCACUACAGCAGAUGGGGGUACAAUAUAGCACUACAGCAGAUGGGGGUGCAGUAUAGCACUACAGCAGAUGGGGGUGCAGUAUAGCACUACAGCAGAUGGGGUACAGUAUAGAACUACAGCAGAUGGGGGUACAGUAUAGCACUACAGCAGAUGGGGUACAGUAUAGAACUACAGCAGAUGGGGGUACAGUAUAGCACUACAGCAGAUGGGGGUGCAGUAUAGCACUACAGCAGAUGGGGGUGCAGUAUAGCACUACAGCAGAUUGGGUAGAGUAUAGCACUACAGCAGAUGGGGGUGCAGUAUAGCACUACAGCAGAUGGGGUACAGUAUAGAACUACAGCAGAUGGGGGUACAGUAUAGCACUACAGCAGAUGGGGGUGCAGUAUAGCACUACAGCAGAUGGGGGUAUAGUAUAGCGCUACAGCAGAUUGGGUAGAGUAUAGCAAUACAGCAGACGGGGGAGUAUAAAACUCUGAAGAUUCUAAGACUAUGUGCCUUCAUAAAAAAAUCCAUGUGAGUUGUUUGUAAAAAUGAGAUGCAUGCAACUGUGUCCUGUGAUAAAUAGAAUAGAAAGUACAAUUGUUGGUUGUUUUUCUUUUUUCCAGUGUAUGCA